AUGACUAAACCUACUACCGAUUCAGACACUAACUGGUCAACUAUAACUGAAGAAUUUGCUAAAAAAUUGGAAGCGGGGGUUAUUGAGAGGGUGAUUGGCCUAGGUGCUGGAAUAAUUGGCCUGUCGUUUAUUACACCAUAA